AUGGAAGCUGAAGCCGUACGGAAGAAAGCAGAGAUGGAAGCUGAAGCCGCACGGAAGAAAGCAGAGAUGGAAGCUGAAGCCGUACGGAAGAAAGCAGAGAUGGAAGCUGAAGCCGCACGGAAGAAAGCAGAGAUGGAAGCUGAAGCCGCACGGAAGAAAGCAGAGAUGGAAGCUGAAGCAGCACGGAAGAAAGCAGAGAUGGAAGCUGAAGCCGUACGGAAGAAAGCAGAGAUGGAAGCUGAAGCCGUACGGAAGAAAGCAGAGAUGGAAGCUGAAGCCGCACGGAAGAAAGCAGAGAUGGAAGCUGAAGCCACACGGAAGAAAGCAGAGAUGGAAGCUGAAGCCGCACGGAAGAAAGGAGAGAUGGAAGUUUUGGAAAAACAAUGUCUCGACGCUGCUUGGGACAGACUUGAACGUAGCUUUGGCAGCUCUCACGCCAUCGAAGAUGCUCUAUUCAAAAGGUUGCAACGCUUCCCAAGGAUUACAGCUAAAGACAAUCUAAAGCUUCAAGAACUCAGUGAUCUUCUACUAGAGCAGUGA